UUGUGUUCACGUUUUUUUUUUUCUUUUUACUUUUUUCCUGCUACCCCUCAUUGAGCCACUUGAGCCUGGAGCAGAUGGAAAGAUUGUAGUGAGGGGAAAGUAGGCAAGCAGCAGAAAGACAGAGAGAACUGGAAGAAGCCAUGCAGAGAGUGAGGCAGCCGAGCGACAAUGCUUGAUGAACUGAAUCACUGACCAUCACAAAGCUUUUCUUCCACUUUGACUGAGCUCCAGAGAGACGGAGAAAUCAGACAGGACAGCCCUGAGGGGGAAACAUCAACUCAUCGUCCCAGCUGACAAGCUAAACAAGCCCACGACGUGGAGAGGGAAAAAAAAGGGAAGAGUUAGAGAAAAGGAGACAGAGGGGAGUUCUACAGAUGAGAGUUAAAGCAGAGGGGCAGAAGGAGAUGCUCAGAGGGACCAGACAGUGAAGAGAAAAGUGAAACAAGUGACAGGAUUGCUGCAGGUGUGUCCACAAAGACUGCUCAAACAAAGGGUGACACACCAGAAUCACCUGAACAAAAGCUGUUGCUAGAGACAAAUAGUGAGAUCAGACAGGAGCAGAGAGACAGAACUAGAUAAGGAUGGCCAACUCAGGUCUCCAGUUGUUGGGUUAUUUCCUGGCGCUGGGCGGAUGGAUCGGCAUCAUCUCCACCACCGCCUUACCCCAGUGGAAGCAGUCCUCAUAUGCCGGUGAUGCCAUCAUCACAGCGGUGGGUCUGUACGAGGGGCUGUGGAUGAGCUGUGCCUCGCAGAGUACAGGACAGGUGCAGUGCAAGAUCUUUGACUCCAUGCUCUCGCUGGACAUUCACAUCCAGACAUGUCGGGCUCUUAUGGUGGUGUCAGUAUUGCUGGGCUUUAUCGGCAUCAUCGUCAGCGUGGUGGGCAUGAAGUGCACUAAGGUGGGAGAUAACAACCCGGCCACCAAGACUCGCAUUGCUGUCACUGGAGGAGCUCUCUUCCUGCUUGCAGGUCUAUGUACACUGGUUUCUGUGUCCUGGUAUGCCACUCAGGUGUCCUAUCAGUUCUUCAACCCCAAUACACCACCUAACGCCAGGUAUGAGUUUGGCUCAGCCCUGUUUGUAGGCUGGGCAGCAGCCAGUCUGACAGUACUGGGUGGCUCCUUACUGUGCUGCUCCUGCUCCAAAGACGACAUGCGAGGACAGCAAUACUACCGCCAAUCACAGCCUUCCACAGCCAGGGAGGCAGAGUUGUUGAGUGAAACUAGUUUCCCUGACUGAUCAGCCCCCGCCUUUUUAUCGAGGACUGUCCGACUGUCCCUCCACUGUCUCCCCUUUUUUCCCCUGUUACCUCUUAGACCCAAAUUUGGACCCCUUGUAGUAGAAUAUUUCCCUUCCCUUGGUACUAUAUCUGCACCUUUUCAGUUUUAAUGGGAACAAAGAUGUACUGUCUUCUCCCAUUUUUUCCCUACUUUCUGAGCCUUUUCUGUAAAUAUGGACUCUUAAAGGAUAUCGGAUCAGAUCUUUUCUUUAAGAAAUGAGGUGGCCUCUUUCAUUUCAGCCUGUAAACACUCUCUUGCACCUCCCACACUCCCCUCUGCCCCAUUAUCAGCUGAAAGUUAACAAUGAAUUCAAACACUUUGUGGUUUUGUUGCGCUGAUUGAUUAUUUCACUUAUAUCCUAUGACCUCUGGGUGUUUUUGUAAAUGUAUGUUUUGGGUUUAUUUUGGUUUUCUCUGUGACUAUACUUUGACUGAAACAUGUCUUUUUUUCCCUUUUGAAUUUCAGACCAAAUGUUAAAAGUACCCCACCAGAGAAAAGGGAGCAGUACUUGUAGUUUGGGAGAGUCUUCUGGCCUUACCAUGGUUUAGGUUCUGUCAACAAACAAAACCCUCUCACUGAGGAAUUCAAAACAGACAAACAGAAAACACUAAAGAAAGAAUCUAUGAACAGUAACCUUUCAAGUAUUUUGUGGCAGCAUAAAUUAGAGACUCUGUUGAAAUAAAAGAAAUGGGAGGUUUAAAUAACUGUUUCGGGGGACUGAGAAAGAUUAUAUCAUUUUCUUGUCUGUUUUGCUGACUUUGGGAGAGACAGUCAUUCAGGGUAUGUUUUCUAUAACAUGUUACAAUGCCCAGGUGUAUAUACCACCUAUUCUUUUGUUGUUGUUGUUGUUGUUUUUUUUUUUUUUUGUUUUUAAUUUUUUUGUUAACUACAUAUAUAAUGUUUUACUACAGUGCCUUAUAACACAUGUUUGUGCACAUGUAUGUUUUUGACUACAUGGAUUCUUCAUAGUCUCCCAUCCCAUCUGAGGGAUGUGUGUCCAUAGUUCCUCUGCCAGCAGUUCUGAUGUACCUUUUUCUAUUGUCAAAUUUCUGAAAAUGAAUGUGAAGCUACUCUACAGUACCACUUAUGAAACAACAAAGACAUACAUACGAUUGAUCUUCAGCAUAUUGCCUUAUGCACUGUUUGUAAGACGCUGUGUGCCUGUUUCCAAGUAGCCUGGAUUGAGGAUAUACCCAGUACAUUCAUUUUGUUUUGUUAAGUGCCAAUAUGAUUUUGUGUGAAUGACAGAGUCAUUGUAUUUUUGACUCUAAAGGAUGUACUGUACUGUGUGCUGUCUCCUGUACUAAGGAAUGCCAGUUUGCUGAGUGUUCAAAUACCUUUCUGAUACCUGCAUUUAUUUACCAUGCCAUUCCUUUCUCUAAUAUUUACCUUAUGUUGUGUAUCAUCUUAUUUACAGUAUACCCCUGUCUGUUUCUUUUAGAAUGAAGUAAACAGCAACAUAAAAAUGGA